CAAAAAAAUGGCUGCAUACUGUAAACACACAAAAAAUAAGAAGUUUUUUUUGCAAAAUUUAUAAAACCUUUUAUUCAGUGACAAAACAAAAGUGUCUGGUUCAAUACUUACAUGUUUCAAUCUCAAAACAUUAAAGUGCAUAGUGUGUGAAGUAGAAAAAAUGGCCAGGUUAACAAAAAAAAAAAAACAAAACAAACCAACUUAUCUCAAAAUUGUUGCAAAUUAGUUUGACGCAUGCAUUCGUUUUCAUUACUGAGCAUCCUUCCCCAUCUAGGAGGCACCUGUUUGAGGGCCCGUCCCUCUACAUCCUUAUGUAAUGUUUGGCACAGCGCUGGUUACUAGGAACAUAAAUACAACCCCUAAUCAUAGCAAUCGUGACAGCACCACACCGACACUGGCAAUGCCAUUCGGUGGUUGAAAAGGAUAUCGAUUUUCGCUACCAUCUAGUCCUUACGAAACGCUGGCAGCAAACGAACAGGUAGUCGAAGCGCAGGCAGCUGUGUAAUAGUGCCGGUUUAAAGGAUUCUAGUGUCGGUGUUACUCAUCUUUCGUAUCUUUGCUGGCAUAUUAAAAGGGAACGAACUAAGUACAGGCAGUAUGAAAUAUGCUGAACGAUCCACGUGUAUAUGAAACGCGAUUGGAAAGAAUACUUCGUUGAACGAAGUUUACCGGUGGCUUUAGAGAUUCGAACGCACGAAACGGACGCGCCCCGGUACUACGUUGCAUCAUGUAUCAGUGUCGCAAGUUUACCCGGCGAAAUUUGCUCUUUCUGCUGUCGAUCGGUGUCGUUUAUUUGCUUCUCGAUCAUUACUUCAAUGGCGACGACUAUGGAGAUAACAGGGAAAAGCUAGUGUUGAUUGAGGAAUCGAUUAAAUCACUUGCCAACCAGGGUGCUUGCAAGAUGCCAAGCUUACCGGUGGAUUCGCCGGAAAUGUUGAGCUUUCUCAAAGACGAACCACCCAUCGAAUGUGGAAGCGAACUCCAGGACUGGGUGGAAUGUGAGAAAGCUGUAUGUAAUAUAAAGCCUGAAGUUAUCAAGGAAAAAGGUAAGAUUACCUGUGACUAUGCCGACAUCUUACGCCAAAGCGACUUUAAAAUGUCCUUCGGAGAAACGACACGAACAUCCGGCAGCUACACACUGCAGGCCAGUGACUUUGUGCGUGCCAAGUGUUGGACGGACAGUCGCACGGAACGGUGGCAGGGGUUGCUGGUCGGUAUCCGGCAGGAUGAGCAGCUACGGGCACGGUCCAGCUGGAACAAGGAAUCCGCCCUGAACGUGCUGAUGCUUGGGUUCGAUUCGCUCAGCCGCAACGCGUUCCAGCGCAAGCUACCGAAGGCGUACAAAUACCUCACCAAGUAUCUCGGGGCGGAUGUACUGCAGGGGUACAACAUCGUUGGCGAUGGGACACCGCAGGCACUGAUCCCGCUGCUGACCGGGUUUACCGAGCUGGAACUGCCCGACACACGGCGGCGGAUGAAAAACACCGAGUACGUUAACGUGUAUCCGCUGAUCUGGAAGGAGUACGAGAAGUAUGGUUACGUGACCGCGUUCAAUGAAGACGUACCGAACAUCGGCACAUUUUCCUAUCGGUUGAACGGGUUCGAUGAGCAGCCGACUGAUCACUACAUGCGGACGUACUAUCUAGCGAUCGAAGCGUACCUUAGCUACUACAAGCGUUUGUGCAUUGGGGCGAAACCGCGCCAUAAGGUGAUGCUAGACUACACGCGCGACUUCAUGACGAACUAUCGCCCCAGUACGCCCCGCUUCGUGUUCAGCUUUCACGGCGAGCUGUCGCACGAUUCGAUCAAUUUGGUCGGUGUAGCGGACACCGAUCUUACCAACUGGCUAGUGGAGCUGAAGAAGUCCGGUGUCUUGAAUAAUACGAUUUUGGUGCUAAUGUCUGACCAUGGGAACCGUUUCGCCGAGGUGCGCAACACACUGCAGGGCAAGCAGGAAGAGCGUUUGCCGUUCUUCAGUUUCACCUUUCCCGACUGGUUCAAAACGCACUACAAGGAGCAGUAUGAAAACUUUCGCCAGAAUCUCGAUCGACUCGUAACACCAUUUGAUGUGCACGAAACGCUACAGGAUAUCUUAACUCUUCAAACGCUUAAGGCAAAACAAAAACCUGCCGUAUCGCGUGCCAUCUCGCUGUUCGAUGCCAUACCUCAGAAUCGGUCCUGUGCGGAUGCCUAUAUCGAGCCACACUGGUGUGCCUGUUUGAACUGGCAACCAAUUAACGAUACGACCUCAUCGGAGGAAGUGUUCCGGUCAGCUAAAACGAUCGUCGAUACGAUCAAUCACCACACUGAGCGACAUCGGGGCAUCUGUGCAAUGCUUACGCUGGACGAAAUCCGCUGGGCGGCACGUUUGCAACCGCACGAAGGAUUGGUACGGUUCAAGCAGAACCGCGAUACGGACGGGUUUCUGGGUGAUUUUUCGUCCGACACGAUACGCGUACCGCACGACAUGUACCAGGUGAAGCUCGUUACCAAUCCGAGCAAAGCGAUCUACGAAGCAAGCGUGCUGCAUGACCGUGUGAACAAUCGGUUCCGCGUGAAGCUGGGCGAUAUUUCGCGCAUUAACAAGUACGGCGAGCAGGCAAACUGCAUCUACGAGCGGGACCCGGAGAUGCGUAAAUUUUGCUACUGCAAGGACGACCAUUGAUGCUUUCGUGCUGUAUAUCGGUGCGUUUUGUUGUAUAGUUGUUGUGCUGUGUCCCUUGUGAAUGUUGCUACCCAGUCUUACCUCCCAUUCGAAUGGACAGGAUGCUGUACUACCGUUGUCCUACUGACUGAACAGUACGGGGUGGGUUCGGCGCUGUUGCUGCAACAUCACCGAAACUCACCCUCAAGAAACCUCAGCCGCCUUCGCACUAGCUACGCUUCAUUUUGGGUACACGGCGAAGGCUUCCUUUGUAAAUACAUUUUACUACAUGUCCAGAGGAACGUGUGACAGCAUUACGGGCGGUAUUAAAAUACUAUUCACACUAGUGUUUUUUGAUAUAUUUAAAUCUUAUUCGUGGAUCGAAUAAAUCGAUUCUCUGCAAACAACCGGCGCCGACGACCGUCGAUUUGCAGAUGUUUAGGGAUGUUUAGGAAACUUCACCAAGUACGCUAACGUAUUAGGGAACGCCCGGUACGCCGGAGUGUGCUACGGUACGUGAUAGAUGGACAGACUGUUCAGCACACACUACUCCACUUUAUCGGUGUGCCCGUAUAGCAGCUUCAAGUAUGAAUCUCAUCCUUGUUGGUUUAUUAGAAUAUGGUUUAAAGCAAGCACAAAACACAGAGUGUUCGUAAGAACGUAACGAAGUGUCAUUGAGAUGAAUCUCCUUUUCUACAAAAAGGUUUAGUUAUUUAUUUACUCAAGUUUUGAACAAAUGAAAAAUGUACUGAGGGAAAAUUUCUCGAACUUACGCAAAAAAAAAGUUAGGUAAAACGUUAAUUUCAUCUCGAGAUGUAAGAAACGUUGUAAAAAUUAUGUUUAGUGCGUUAAACGCACUAUUUUCGGUAUGAAUUUGGCAUUGGAAGAUGCUACAUGAAAAGUUAAACAUAUUUGCUUAGUUUUGCAUUCAACUGGAGCUUGAUAAAGAUAUUGCAUGGGUUAAGAUGGAUUGAGAACAUGAAAAAUCGAAUGAAUUAAAUGCAAAGCGUUCUUCUACAAA